CCCUCGAAAGUGUGUGAGUGGAGGGUAGCGCGAGGCAGUUAUCCAGUCUGCAAACCAAGCGCUUCCCUCUCUCUACUUAUCCUCUCGUCGCCAUUUCUGCGCCUCAGACUUCUGCUGCAGAAUCCAGAUUCCAGCUUCUUCCUCUCCUAUGGCUUGCUCCGCCGCCUCCACCGCUCUCAUCUCCUCCAACCCCUCCGCUUUCCCCGCCAAGUCCACCCCUCCCAUUGCUUCCGCUCCCUUCUCUCGAACCCUAGCGCUCCCCAAAUCCUUCGUCGGCCUCCGCAGCUCCUUCCUCCCUUCUGCUCCUCGUUCCCUCUCCUCCUCCCGUGGAACUCCUCCCAGACGGAGCUUUGCCGUCCGCGCUUCUAGCGAACUUCCUUUGGUUGGAAAUCAAGCACCUGAUUUUGAGGCCGAGGCAGUUUUUGACCAGGAAUUUAUCAAGGUUAAACUUUCCGAGUACAUUGGGAAGAAAUAUGUGAUUCUCUUUUUCUACCCGUUGGACUUUACAUUUGUUUGUCCCACAGAAAUUACUGCCUUCAGUGACCGGUAUGAAGAGUUUAAGCAGCUUAACACUGAAGUUUUGGGUGUGUCUAUUGAUAGUGUUUUCUCACAUCUUGCUUGGGUCCAAACUGAUAGAAAGUCUGGUGGCCUUGGUGAUCUUCAGUAUCCACUGGUUUCUGAUGUCACCAAGUCUAUUUCAAAAUCUUAUGGUGUGCUGAUCCCGGAUCAGGGCAUUGCAUUGAGGGGCCUUUUCAUAAUUGACAAGGAAGGAAUUAUCCAACACUCCACAAUAAACAAUCUUGCCAUUGGUCGAAGUGUAGAUGAGACAAAGAGAACUCUCCAAGCCUUGCAAUAUGUGCAGGAGAACCCCGACGAAGUUUGCCCAGCUGGAUGGAAACCCGGGGAGAAGUCGAUGAAGCCAGACCCCAAGGGUAGCAAAGAGUACUUCUCUGCUAUUGCUUAAAUGUGUGAGGCGAUCUAAAAAGUUCGAGUUUGGUGCGAUGCCCAUUGCCAUUUCAGUUGUUUAAAUUUUGAUUGUGCCGCUUGUGGAACAAAUCGGUUAAAGAGGCUCGAGCCAUUGGAUAUAGAGUGUUCAAUUUCUCAUCUUUAGAUGAACGAAGCAGCAAUAAAUCGAUAGGCUGUAGGCAAAUAGUUUGUUUUGUAGAAUUACAAUCCGGAUUUGCAAUGUCAUUAACGGUUUCAGGCCCUUGAAUUUCUACUUGCAUCUAGCUCUGUUGACGAACUCUAAAAUGUACUGAAUCUUCCGUUUCAAUUAUCCUCGGAUUAACUCUGCAAGAUUCAUUCUUGUGAUGUGAUGAACUGUUCUGGUUAUUAAAGUCUGGACGUAAUUCUGAUA